AUGGACCCUAAAUCGAAUAACCUAGCUAACAGACCCCAAAGUUCAAGCCCGGCAACAACAACAAAGGUCCAGCAGCCCAAACCACAAGCUCUCCCUAAUCGUGCCGCUCCAUCAGCCAUACAAGUAUCGACUCGCCAGAAGGGGAACCCAAUUUUGAACCAUGUGAAACUGGUGCCAUGGGAAUAUGCCGAUAUACAAGCCGACUACGUUCUGGGCACAACAACCUGCGCUCUGUUUCUCUCCUUGAAGUAUCAUCGACUACGCCCCGAGUAUAUCUACGCCCGGAUACGGCUUAUCGCUGGCAAAUACAACCUGCGCAUCCUGCUUGUUAUGGUGGACAUACAAAGCCACGAGGAGACGCUAAAGGAGCUUUCCAAGACUUCCAUAGUGAACAACGUGACUUUGAUUUUAUGUUGGUCAGCGCCCGAGGCCGCGCAUUACUUGGAACUGUUCAAGUCGUCCGAGCACGCGCAGCCCACUGCCAUUCGGACGCAGCAGGCGCAGUCCUAUCGAGAAAGUGUCAUUGAGUUUAUCACGGCCCCGCGAAGUGUGAACAAGUCGGAUGCAGCUAGUUUGAUGUCCACAUUUGGUAGCCUCCAGACAGCCAUCAAUGCGCAGCCCGAGCAGAUCAGCUCUGUUCCUGGCUGGGGAGAGAAGAAGGUACGGCAAUGGUCUAGUGCCGUUCGCGAGGAUUUCAGAGUUGAGUCGUCCAAGAAGAUGGUAGCUCCUCCGAGAGAUAUGAACCUAGAUACGCAGAGUGCCGACGAAGAUUCGGCAUUGGAUCGCGGCAUGGAAGAUAUAGAAGAUGAGGAUGCAGAAGAAAUGCUCCUUGCUUCGGCUCAGAAGGCUAGCGAAAUACAGGCUGAGCAGCAGUCGCCUGGUGAGAUGACUUUAACCAAGAAGAAUACCCAGGAAGCAGAAGAGGGCAUGACCGAGGGCAUCAUGGACGCUUUAUCCAAGUUACGAGAACGCAAUGGUUGA